CGUUGGGAGAGGAGGAGCGAGUGUGAAGCUCUGUGUGUAUUGAAACUCUCUUUUCUGUCCUUGCAUUCCAACCCUCAUCAAAGCCUGGACGACAGAAGAGGAAAAACCAUAAAUAAUACCAUGGUGAGAUCGGCUCGUUUUGAGGAUCGACCCAUGGAUGCACGUUCUCAGGAAUCAGCCACGAUAGGAUUCGGAACCAGCGAAGAAACGCACGCCUGUAAUCCACUUUUAAUUUCUUUUAAGCACUAAAGCGAGAGACGCUUGAUGGGGGCCAAACAGAGACGUUUUCUUUUUCAUUUUUAAAGAGGGACGCAAGAUGGCAGAUGACAGACUCCAGUAGCAAGAACCACUCCGUUUCGCUGUCUGUUUAUUUUUGGAGGUGUAUCGGAAUAAGACCUAAUUUAUUUCUCGCCUGAAGAGAUCAAAGUGAAGGCACUUGGCAGUCCAGUUUUCUCUUGACUUGGUUACAUACCAGUGUAUGUUCUCUCUAUGUUCCUUUGUUAUAAUGAGGGGGAAGUCUAGUAUGCGCGUAGUCUACACAUAUGUGUAAGAAUUAACCGAUUGGUCUGGUUAAGAUCGUUAUUUUCUAUGAAAUUCAACUAUAAAACACGCUACGUGGAUAUGAAUAUUUUACUGUAAAGUGUAAUGCACGUCUGUAUGGAGAACCAUUAUAAUCCUCUUUGGGGAUAAAAUCCAUGUCAGUGUAAUGCUAUGUCAAAAUAGCAGCGGUAAAAAAACUAAACAAAAGCCUUGUCGUGAGAAUUAUAAUUUACUUUUCAAAAGCUUUUAUUAGUCUCUCGCUCGAGGCUGUUCUCGAAAAACGGCCUAUCAACGUGUCUUUACCUUGUAAACGAGAAGCUGUCAAGCUGGUCGUCAGCAGACUGGAUUAUUCAUAGUCGUAAUAGAUAACUAGUGGGCGAAUCAGCCACACAUGUAGGUUAUGAACAAGUGUGUUGGCAUUUAAAGUCACAAGACAGAAAAGUCCACUUUAGUGCUGUGGCAACACCAAAUUCUCGAGACGCCUACAGUUGACACAAACGAAUGAAGAAGUGGGUGGUGUAAUGAUGUUGCCUUGAGCUGAAAGUAUUCUCAGCUGGAGUAUUCAUACUCUCAUUGGCACAAAGUUGAGGUUUGUGGGCUAAAACAAGGUCCCUGUGGUUCCCACUCCACCCAUUUCAGGUAUCGCCAGAGGAAGGCCUAUUUUAUGCAGUUUUUACCUUGACUUGUGAGCAUUAAAGAUGGCUGAGAACUGGAAGAACUGUCUCGAAGAAGAGCUCAUAUGCCCGAUUUGUUUGAAUGUGUUCUCGGAGCCAGUUCAGCUCCCUUGUAAACACAACUUCUGUCGCAUGUGUAUCAAUGAGGCCUGGUCUAAAGAUGCAGGAAUGGUCCGCUGUCCCGAAUGCAACCAUGCCUACAGCCAAAAACCAGCUCUGGAGAAGAACCACAAGCUGUCCAACAUUGUGGAGAAGUUCAACGCGUUAAACGUUGAGAAGACGCCAGCAGUCUUGCACUGCAUUCUCUGCCGGCGUGGUCCUCCGCUUCAAGCCCAGAAGGUUUGCCUCAGGUGCAAUGCUCCCUGCUGCCAUUCCCACGUACAGACCCAUCUCCAACAGCCCUCUUCCAACGCUGGACACUUACUGGUGGAUGCCGAGGACGUGCGGGCCUGGAGCUGUCCACAGCAUGACGAGUACAGACUGUAUCAUUGUGAGACCGAGCAUGUGGCCGUCUGCCAGUACUGCUGCUUCUCCAGAUGUGCUACCAACCACGGCCAUGCGGUGUGCGAUAUAGAAGUCAGACGAAACGAUAUCAGACAAAUGCUGAUUAAACAGCAGGAUCGGAUCGAGGACCGUGUUCAGGACAUAGAAGAUCAACUCUACAAAUUAGAAUCUGACAAAUGUCUCAUGGAAGACAAAGUGCAGCACCUGAAGGAGGAGGUGCAGCUGCAGUAUCAGAAAAUGCAGCAGCUCCUGGAGGAAGAUCUGGGGAAGACCCUGGAGGUUCUGGAUAAGGCCCAUUCCAAGUUCUGCCAGGAGAACUCGGCACAGGCCCUGCAGCUUCACCAGAAACAGCAAGAGGCAAAGAAACUGCUCAGCUCCAUUCAGAUGGUUUUCGAUAAGGCAGAGGAAAUCGGUUUUAUGAAGAACACAAAAUCUGUGAAAAUACUAAUGGACAGGUCUCAGUCGUAUGUGGGCAUCACAUUGUCACCGUACAAAGUGGGCAGCCUCAACUCCAAACUCUUUCUGUCUGAAAUCUCGAAAAGAGAGAAAAACCUCUGCAAGAUGCUGGAAGCUCCGUUCAGUGCUCCCGCAAACUUUUUCCAGAGUAUUCCGGCGUAUCUGUGCGAGAAGCGCAGGCACUCUGUGGCAUUCCCCGAAGGUAGCGGGAGCAGCCGAGCGGGUGCUAGCUUCAUGGACUCUUCCACCUCAUCAGGUCCUGGUGCUGCCAAGCAGCCAUGCCUGAGUCUCACUCAGGGCUCUGCCCCAGGCGAAGGUCAGUCCUCCCAGCAAGCUCUAGGGCCGUGUGGCUCCACCCAGCAUGUAGGAAGCAGCAGCUCAGCUUCCGGCUCUCAACCCCUACCGCACUCAGCCUCGGUAUUCCCGCACUCCCAUUAUCCAAACGCCAGCGCCUCCCAGCUGCCCCAGUAUGGUGCGCGAAAGAUCCUGAUGUGCACGGUCGAUAACUGUUACUGCUCAGGGGUGCCCUCCGUGUCCAACCACCGUGGACAUCCACCCUACCCUCGCUCCAGCUCCUUCCCUUGGCCGGUGAGCUCGCAGGAGUACUCGCACGCCCCUCUGCCCUCGGCCCCGGCAAUGUCCCAGUCUCUCCAGAGCCUGUCCAUGCGCGACUGGAUCGACGCCUCUCAGUCGCACAGGCACACUGACUUCUACAGCCUCUACGGCCAGUCUUCCACCAAGCAUUACGUCACCAGUUAACCUUUGCUCCAGUGACUGCUGCCAGUCACCAGUUGGGGCGUCUUUUUCCACUGAGAGAUGUCUUAAAGAGAUGCAUGUGGGGCAUUUUUGUAUGCAGAUCUUAUCAAUCAUUUAGAAUGAACUGCUGAUGUCCGAGAGCAGUGAGGAAAAAAAAAUUAAUAUCACAGUCAAGCAUAGCUUUGCACAUUAUUUAGGCACUAAUGGUGUUGUGAUUAUGUACCAUGAACGCAAGUUGCUCUUCUAAAAAUAACACUCACUCUUUUUCAAGAGACGCAGAAAUAACGGAGGACGCUGUCAUUUGUUGAAUCAUCAAUAAUGUUGCACUUUCUUUGUAAGAUCUAAAUUUUCGCAAUUACCGUUGACUCAUCGGGCGAAACGAUGGAAGUCAGCAGUAAAACCAUUAAGUCAGCUGUUAAUGAAACUUACGGCGAAUUACUAUUGAGAGAAUUGUAGCCCACAAAGUUUUAUUAACUUCACAUGGUUGUUGUUUGUUAGAACACCCAUGUGCAAAAACUCUGUAUAGUUUGCCCAGCCUUCCAUAUUUAAGCGUUCAUUUAGUUUAAAUUGGAGUCUGUGGUCUUAUUAUUCAUCACAAAUAGCACAAGCACAUGUUAGCUCAGUUUUUAACAGACCCGGAAACUGGAACAGCACAGCAUUGUCAUCGCCGCCAUUGUUCAUUUGGCUUGACCUUCCCUACUGAAUGCAGCUUUUAAUGGAAAUGUCCUUCACCUUGGUUCGCAGUCCUCUCCUUAGGCUAACCGAGAAUGUGCCUCCACCCACAACCUUCAGUCUGGUCCCCAUCCAGACGGCGCUGUCUUUCUCUCUCUCACGCCCUUCAAAGCCACAGAAACGCACCCUUUACAUCCUGUAUGUUAAACGCAGGGUGCAUUGGUUUCACAUUCUUUCGUGUUUACCCGUGGCCUCUCAUUAUAUCUGACUCAACGGUGGCUUCAGCGCAAAGUGUCAGCGACUAAAUGGCCUGUGUUCAGAGGGUCAUGGUGCACUUGAUGCCUCUGCAUUUACUGUCAUGCUGUAAUUGUUCUUCCUUGUGUUUCAUGCCAUUUCCGGCUCCAAGCAACGGAGCCUCUGGCUUCCUGUUUGUUACUGAGUGCAUGUGGAAAAGAGUUUAUGAGCACUCGUAGAAAAAUAAUAAAACUUCUAGCAGUUAAAAAAUGACUUUUGAAACAGGGAAUUAAGUUUUUGGUUUGUUUUAUUAUUAUUUUAUUUGACUUUUCUUUUCUUUUUUAGAACUACUUAAGUAAAAGAAACAUUGACCAAUGAACGUUAUGAAACUAACUGAAUACUUGGGAUAAAAUGGAGGGAUUUUCUGUUGUAAAUAUUUUGUGAAAUGAAAAAGACAGACUUGUAAUUUGGAAAGAACCUUGUUCAAAUAAAUGCUAAUUUCAAGUUUAAGAA